AUGUCGAUAUCUGAUUUAGGUCGAGAAGCUAAUAACUAUGUUUUUUCGUCAACAGUCUCCUUCCAGAACUGGAUUCACGUUUCCAACACGCUGAGGUAUGAAGCAAAAGUGAGCUUGAAUGAGAACGAUUUGGAAAGAGCUUAUUUGCUGUACCUGCGGUACGCUGAUCUGGUCCUGAACAAAUUACCCACCCACCCAAGUUUCGCCACCAAUAAACGGUCGUAUAACCAAGCACUGAAGCUAUUACCUGCCAUCAUUGAAAUUGCCGAGGAAGUAAAGACCAAGUUGAAUGUGGUAUAUGCCGAAAGAGCAAAGAUUGAGGUGCAAAAGCCGGUUCCGCCCCCAGUACCCGAGCCCAAGCCAGUUCAGCAAGAGUUACCUCAAUUGGAUCUAGGCACGAGUUUUGGCGGUGCACUUGACUCACUGAAAAAACGACAAGCAGCACCACGCACUGCUCAGUCGUUCGCGUUCUCGUAUCCUUCACUUUCGACGACCGAACCCGAAGGGCUGAGAAAUGUCCUGUUCCCCCGUGGUCUGGAAGCGAAAUUUUUGGCUGCUGCAGCCCCCAACACAAAACGUAAUCUAGAAACAUGUGGAAUUCUUUGCGGGCGUCUUCGGAAUCGGGUGUUUGUGAUCACUGACCUGGUGAUUCCGUUCCAAGAGUCUACGCAAAAUACCUGCACAACGCUUCGAGAAGAAGUGCUUUUUGACUAUGUCGAUAGUCGAGACUUAUUUAUUCUAGGCUGGAUCCACACCCACCCCAGCCAGACGUGUUUCAUGUCUUCGGUAGACCUUCAUACGCAUAGCUCGUAUCAGAUUAUGCUCCCCGAAGCGAUUGCAGCGGUUUGUGCCCCGUCUCACGAGUUUUCAUUCGCAAUCUAUCGUCUAACCGAUCCUCCUGGAGCAGAGAUCAUUAAAAACUGCCGUCAAACCUCAUUUCACCCCCAUGACGAACGAGACCUGUACUGUCGUGCCCAACCGGGCCAUGUACGAAUUACGGACGAUGCAUUCACGUUUUGUGAUCUCCGCACUAAAGUAGUAUAA